CGUAGAUUAGAUGUUUAUGGUGAACCAGAAACUUGAUCAAAGACAGUUGAAAAAAUAUGGGGUUAUAACCAUGGUUGAGAACAAUUUCAAAACAUGUGAACAGUGUUGUGCCAGAACAGAUUAGCAAUAUUCCAUAUAUGCUGACCCAGCGAAUGAAAAUGAGACUGAAGUGGCACAGAAAGCACACCACACUGACAUAAGCAAUGAUCCUUAUUGCUCUUCCAGUCAGCAUUUUGGGAAUAUUUGGAAACCUAGUGGUUAUUUUGUUUCUUUCCUUUAAAAUUAAGAAGACCAGGUUUACCGUAUAUGUCCUAAAUAUAACUAUUGCUGAUCUUGGUAUUCUAAUCUAUCUAUAUAUUUAUUUUAUGUUAUUUUUAAAACCAAAUCCUGUCAAUGCAUCUGUGUCCUACAUAAUAGAACUGAUAUACGCAGUUGGAUACAAUUGCAGCUUCUAUAUUCUAACAGCUCUCUGCUUUGAAAGGUAUUUAUCUGUUUUUUUCUUUACCUGGUAUCAAUGUCAUCGGCCAGAGCAUUUUUCAUUUUUUCUCGUGAUCACAUUGUGGAUAUUUUCUGGCCUAGUAUCGCUUUUGGAAUACUUUGCUUGCUAUCCAAGGUUCUACAUAUAUUUGGAUGAAAAUACUUUACAGUGUAGAAUCAUAAAUCUAUUCCAAAUAUUUCUUGAGUUCCUGAUUUUUAUUCCCAUCAUGGUCUUUUACACUUUGGCUAUUUUUAUCAGAAUGCAGAAAAAAAAUCAGCAAACUCCUCCAGCAACACUUGAUCUUUCUAUUACUGCUACUGUUGUUCUUUUUCUUGUAUUUGAUGUAUCGGUUAAAAUUUUUAACGCUAUUGAAUUUUGGUUUGAUGCACUACAUGUACCAACAUUUUCAGUGGCGGUAUUAUUUGACACCAUAAGCAGUAGUGUCAACCCGUAUGUGUAUUUUAUUAUUGGAGGCUUUCUGAAAAGAAGCUUUGAUCCUCUUGAUGUUUUUCUUGAGAGAGCUUUGGAAGAUGACGGAACUAUGGUGGAGGGAACAUAAAUGCAGCAAGAACAAUUUUCCAAAUGACUUUAGGAGCCAAAGAAAUAUCCAUAGAAAAUACACUAAUGAUUUACAAUUCCAAUUUCAAAACAAUUCAUUCAUUAUUCCUUAUAUAUCCUCCAGGUCCAUUAAUUAAAUCAGACAAAUGCUUUAUUUGGCUCACAACUCCUUGUCUAUUUCUGCCAUACCAAAAAAAAAAAAAAAAAAAAAACCAGUGUAAAGAAGUUGGUGGCCAGGAAAGAAAGGUUCCUCUGAGGAAAGAGUUUUAAUUUUGCGAAGACUUUGUUGCAGUUAUGAACUAUGAGACCAAGAGCCCUAAAGCAGUAAGGAGAAGCAACUGUAGGCUACCUCUACACAUGGAAGAUUGGAAGGGAGCAGAGAAAGAAGAAGAGAAAGCUGUGGAGUCAAAGGAAGCCAAAAGGAACGGAAAGAAAAAUCUACAGAUGGGAAUAUACUGGCAUUUGUAUACCCCUAAAGACUGACAGAGGAGGUUUAUGUUCACACAAACAGUAUUCAACCUACAUUUCCAUCUCGAAGAUUCUGAUAGGUAUGAAGUGAUGCAUCUUGACUCUGAGUUACAUACAUUAAGAAAGCACAAUUGUUUAUCUUUAGAGUACAAUGUACUGCUUUAAAGGACUUUAACCUAAUUAGAACACAUGGGAUAGGUUUUCCCAAAGGGGAAAAAAAAUCUUCAAACUUUUUGGAUUUUGUAUGUUAAUGUCAUAAACUUUUUAUUUGAAAUUUUAUACCUAGAAUGACAUUGUACUGAAAGGUUCUGGCUGAUGUAAACUUAGAAAAAAAAAAGUAGAAAUUUGCCAAAUAAAACAAGGAUAAAAUCAGCAAAUGAUAACCAAUGCAGUGUCUUUAAAAAAAAAAUCAAGGUCAAAAUCAGAGGCCAAAAUAGUUUUUUUGAAAAAGAAGCAUAAAAAUUAACUGGUGGAAUUAAAAACAAUUCUUCACCUGAUAGGAAAAAAAUCUAAAGAAAAAAAAAUCUGGUACUGGGUAAUUAUUUCUGGAAAGACGGAAGGAGACAGAAUACUCAAAUACUUCACAAGACACAGUUUAACGAUGUAACCCAAAUGAGGGCAUACCUUUCAUCUCUGCCAUUUUACUAAAGCAAGCAGGGGAGAUUCUAUCAUAAAGAUGAAAGAAACAAAAAUAGGAAUGUCUGCAAGGGGUCAUGGUAAUUAAGGAAGUUAAAAUGGCAGUUG